AAUCUGCGAUGUGACGCAAAUAGCAUGUGACGUAAGCAAUUGUACUGAUCCUAAAUCAGACCCAAAACAAAAGAUCACAAGUUUGGUUAAGCAUGCUUCAAUUAUAUAUUGUUCCCAUUCUCAGACGACAUUGUGACCAUGGAGACGGAAAUAGGAACUAGGAAACCCGAGAAUGCAGAGGUAAUCCUUCCCCAGGUGUGGAAUCAGAGUACCUGAAGCAAAGCUCGUCUCAGUCUGGUCUGCACCUGUGCAUGUGUCUGUCUCUGUGGCUGCGUCUCCAUCAGUAUGAACCUGCCGCUUCUUCAGCUGUGUGUCCUCCUGGAGCUCCUCGCGGUGAGCUCCUCGCAGUGGUAUGGUUUCACAGAUCUGGAUCCGCCGGGGGGCCGUAUCGUGGGUGGAUAUGCCCCGACGCCGUACUCUAUCAAGUACAUCGUGUCCAUUCAGAGCGCUACGGGCCAGCACUUGUGUGGCGGGACCUUAAUUAACAAAUACUGGGUGCUGACCGCAGCACACUGCAAUAUAGGGGAGGCAAACAUGAGGAUCGUGGCCGGAGAUUAUUCCGUGGGAUUAUAUGAGGGGACGGAGCAGUUUCGCAGACCUCAUGUUUUAAUACCUCACCCACAGUACAACAAAGCCACCAAUAACGCAGACAUCAUGCUCAUUAAGCUGCAGUCUCCGGUCUAUCUGAACAGCUACGUGUCUCUUGCGCCGUUGCCUCGGCAGGACGCCAUGGUGGCCGUGGGUCGCGUGUGCAGGGUGUCCGGAUGGGGCUUCACCACUCCAACGGGAGGAAUCCCUGCAACGCUGCAGACGGUGAAGCUGCCCAUAGUGUCCACUGCAGUGUGUAACAGCACAGAUUCUUUUAAUGGAAACAUCACAGAGAAUAUGAUCUGUGCAGGAUACAGUGCUGGAGGAAAAGACGCAUGUAAGGGGGAUUCUGGAGGACCGCUGGUGUGCGAGGGCCGCGUCUACGGCAUCGUCUCCUGGGGCAAUGGCUGUGCUGAUGCCCAGUACCCUGGCGUCUACACUUCCGUCUCAAGGUUUCGCCAAUGGAUCGAUGGAACUAUAUUUGGCUUUUAUGGAAGGUGCCUCAAGUAUUAGACUGCAGUGUUACCCCAGCACUCCCCUAAUCGAACUUGAAACAGCCUCGAAACAUGCCAACUUGUACAUGAAUAUUUGAAAAGUUAGUGAACUUUGUUUUUCAGAAGAGUACACUGCUCUUCUGAAACAGCACAUCUGUUCCUCAACGACCGGUAGACCUUUUUUUUUAAACAAUAGUUUGUGCAAACUGUUCCUUAAAUGUGCCAUAAUGCUGCUUCUCUGCAAAGUCAGUGAAAACUAAAAAUAGAAAGCUGAAGGAAUAUUUUCCAACAAACGAAACAAAUUACAAACUUUUAUGGAAUGAUACUUGUGAGAACGACCUAUUCAACAUUAAAAUGAAUGCAAACAGACUUUCAUUUGGACUGUAAUCAAACCAGUUUCAUAUUUUAAGACUAAGCAUUUUGUGAGUGCCUACAAGUCAGAUGCAAGGUAAAGGAAUAGUUCACACAAAAAUGAAGUUAUCAUUUACUCACCCUCAUUUUUUGACGAACCUGUAUGAAUUUGCCUUUAUUUCUUUCAUCUGUGGAACACAAAAUGAAUCACUGAAUGUACAAGCCAAGGUUGUAGGCAAGACUGAAUGCCCCGCUGAACCUGGUUUGCUUGUCUUCAAUGAUUUUUAAAAGGAGUUUUAGGCACUUUCAGCUGGUCAGCCAGGGAGACCAUCUCAAACUAGCUAAAACCAUCAAAGUCUGGUUUAAAUGUGUGUGUGUGAGUGUUUUUUUUAAAGGUGUGGAUAUCAUAUCUCAUGAUUUAGUCUCGAAAGAAUUUGAUGUAAAACUAAUAAAACAUUUCUCAUUUAAUUUUUUUAAUAAAUAAAUAAAUAAAGA